ACUGCAAAGACAAUCCACAUCACAAUCGAGUCUCAGCGAUCUAUAUAACCAACCAGUAAUCAACUUCAACAAAAACUUACCUCAGACUCAGAACGAUAUCUUAUCAUGGUUAUUCAAUGAGAACACAGCAUCUUCUGGUUCUUCGUUAAUAUCUCCUGAAAACAAUCCUCUAAUCACUCCCAAGAAUAACCAGGCUGUAGAUCCAAUGCAGAGUCAACCUCAGAAUCAAUUCCCAACAUCUCAACCACUUCAACAACCAGUUGUAAGUAGUAAUGGAGAAGUGGCACCUUCACCAUUCCCCAAUACAUCCAUUCAAUUUUCUCCAUUGAAUGAUCAACAACUCCAAACAUUAACCAAUGGUCCUACUCCUGUAGCCCUACCUAAUUCCUAUAGUCCAUUGGCGGUAACGUCUAAUGCCAACGCCCAAUCACAACCACAGGCUCCACCACCACAGCAACAACAACAACAACAACAACAACCACAGGGGACAACAACAAACACAAAUUCAAGAAAUAACUCCAAUUCAUUCCCCAACUAUAUGGGGAUCCAGGAUAAUCUCUUUCAGAAUGAUGAUAAUCCGUUGGAUGAAGUGUUUCUUAGAAAUUAUCAACUGUUAGCGUAUGCUUCAUUCCCUGUAGGAGCAGCGGAGGGAUUCACUACUCCCACCACUAUGACAAGUGCAGGGUUAGGUAUGGGACCCCGAACUGCGAAUGUAUCAGGAGGACCAACCAUAGUCAAUUAUAAUGGUAUUAGUGGAGGUAAUGGCAAUAAUACCAUUAGUGGAGGUAAUGGUAAUGGUAAUGGUAUAAAUCCAGGACUCAGUAUGAAUUUAGUUAAUAAUAAUGGACCUGCCAGUAUCCCUGGAAUUAAUUAUAUGAAUUUAAAUUUAACUUCAACUGCAUCAUCUUCAUCACCUACCAAUACAAAUGAAUCUAAUACAUCCCCUAAAACAUUAAGUGAUUUCCAUUUAGGAACUAAAUUAGAUACGUAUGAAUUAAAAUUAUUUAAUCAUGCUGAGAAAUAUAAUUUACCAAAGAAUAAACAUAUCUUUAUUGAUACAUUAAUAUUUGAUUCAAUAUUAAGAUGUUUAAAAAUGAUUGAUAGAGAAUCAGUUGAAGAAGUAUUUAAAAGUUUUGAUCAUGAUAAAUUUACAGUUGAAGAUCGUUUAAGUUAUUAUUUACAUAUGUAUUGGCUUGUAUUUCAUCCUCAAUUUUCUAUAAUUCAUAAACCUUCAUUUGAUACUAAAUUAGUUGAACCUUUAUUAUUAAUUCUGAUGAUUUUAAUUGGUUGUCAUUAUAGUUCUCCUGAAUUAGAUGAAUGUAUGGCCAAGAAACAUUUACAAUCUCCUGAAUUUAAAUUUAGUAUAUUAAUGUCAACUCCCUUAAGAUUUAUGAUAUUUCAACAUGAAGAUUUUCAAACUCCAGUAAAAUUAUGGAUUUUACAAUCUUUAAAUAUGUUGGAAUGGGUUGAAAAGAAUUUCCUUUCUCGAAGAAUGCAUGAACGAGCUCAUUUACAUCAUGGUACUACGGUUCAACUCUUAAGACGUUCACCAUUAUUAGGAGGUAAUCCAACUCUUGCUCUGAAGAAAUCGGCUGGUUCAACUAGUGGAUCUAAUUCAAGUGCUGGAGAAGAUGAACUGGAAGAGGCUGUAGCCAAUGAAUUGACUGGUGGAACUGAUCCUACCAGCGCCGCCAGUACCAACAAUAACAAUAACAAUAACAAUAACAAUAACAAUAACACCAAAAAUACCACCACCAAUAACAAUAACAAUAACAAUAGUAAUGAUAAUGAUAAAUCUACUUCAACUCCAACUGGUAAUGGACCAUUUAAAGACAGUACCGAUUCGGAUUUAUUCCAACGAUGGGUCGAAUCCGAAUCAAUGAAAAGAAUUACCUUUUUAACAUUCUACUUAGAUUCAAUGGAUUAUAUUAAAUUUAGACAUAAUCCUCAAAUUAUGUUUUAUCAAUUACAAUUAUUAACUUUACCAUGUGAUGAUGAUUGUUUAUGGGAAUCUAAUGAAGUUAAUGGAUCAUUUAAAAAAGUAGUUAAAAAGCAAAGAAAACUUCAACAACAAAUUAAACAUGAUGAUGAUAAUCCAUUAAAUAAAAAUAUUGUAAAACUUCGAAAUGGUGAAAGUUUUUUAAGUGCAUUAAAGAAACUUUUAAAACCUUAUAGACCUCAAGAAACUUAUUUAAAAAUGCAUUUAUCAAGAUUUUCUAAAAAGAUUUUAUUAGCAGGAUUAGUUGCAAUAAUGUAUCAAAUGCAACAAAGUGAUUUACAAGGUUCAUCAUCAAUAUUAACUUCUAAUGGAAUUAUUCAAGCUAAUCCUCAACGAAGUAAAAUUUGGAAAGAAUUUAUUCUUAAAGCGUUUGAUAAUUGGCAUUUUGAAAUUUUAGCUUCAUUUACUAAUUCUCCUUUAUCAUUAACUGAUAAAGUAUUUAAAGAUGUUGAUUCAAAUUUAAUUCCAAAUCCUUUAUUACAUUUAUCCCAAAUUAUUGGAAUUUCUGAUAUUAAUCAUUAUGAUAUUGCAAUAUUUGGAGGUUCACCAGCUAAUCAAAGUGUUAAUGCAAGUAUGAAAGAUCAUUAUAUUGUUCAAAGAAAAUUACAUAAUAUGUGGGGGAAAAAUACUAGUGCAAGUUCUAAUGGUAAAAGACCAAUAAAUGAUCUUGUUAAUAUAAGAAGUGUAUUACAUUGUUAUCUUAUGUUAUGGCAUCUUAUGUUAAAACCUCAUGAAGAUGCUGAUAUUUGUAAUAUGUCUGCCGAAUAUACUGAUUGGAAAGCAUGUCCUGAUUAUUUUGAUAGUAUGUAUGCUGUUAGUAUUGCCACAUUAGUAUUAUGGAGUUAUGUAUUUUCAACUAUUGGAUUAGAAAAUUCUAAAUUUUCAGAAAUUGAACUGGAAUCAGAAAAGGAACUUUAUAAUAAAUCUUAUGAAGAAAUGUGUCAAUUAAGUGAAGAAGGUGGUUAUCAAUAUUUAGGUAGAAUUAGAGAAGAAUUUAUUACUCAUCUUAAACGUGAUAAAGAUUUUUUACUUAAAGAAUUUACAAUUCAUCCAAUAAGAUUUAUUCAAAAGAAUCCUGAAAAGAAUGAAGAAUUAAAAGUAAAAUAUACUCCUCAUGAAAUUUUAAAUAAAUAUUGUGAUAUAAUGAAUUUAAUAACUAAUCGUCAAAAUAUUAGUGGAUUAUGUUUCUUAGUUGGUUCAAGACUUUUAUGUAGUCAAUGGGAAGUAAUUCGAGAAAAUGCUAAAUUAAUUUUAAAUUGUGGUUAUCGUUCAAUUGGUAAAAAGAAUAUAUUAUGUAUGGAUUUAUUUAAUAAUCAAUUUGAUUAAAUUAGUAAAUAGAAUAGAA